CACCAAUGCGAUAACAUGUGUCGAGAUGUUAUUUUUAAUAUUAAUGACAUCUUUAAAAAUUGUGUGAUUUGCAUGCAAUGUAAAAAGCUAUCAGCCACAGUUAAUUUAACCUAUUUUAGAGAAGAAAAUUCUGUCUCAAGUUGGAUGUUUAAUUUAAGAUGCAAGUUGGAGCAAAGGGAAAAACAAAUCUUUUUGGUUUUAUUUAUUGUGGGCAGUUUGGGGUUAUUGCAUUAUUCUCAUGUGCACAGUGUCGUAAAACCUUUACUUCUACAUCAAUGCUCAAGAAACAUGAAAAAACGCAUCAGAAAGAAGGAAUGAAAUUACGUCACAAAUGUACUUUGUGUCCAUAUUCUACAAAUACUAUUACACAUUUAAAAAGGCAUUUCCUCAUUCACAGUGGUGAGCGGCCAUUUUCAUGUGUUAUAUGUGGCAAAGCAUUCACUACCAAGUGGAACAUGGAACAACAUAUACGUACCCAUACGGGCGAAAAGCCCUAUGCUUGUGGUAUUUGUUGGGUAAGAUUUGCCGACCGAUCUGAUUGUUCACGCCAUCAGUCCGUUCAUUAUGAUCUUCGACCUUAUGCAUGUGGAUACUGUGGCCUUACUUUCAAACAUACUAAAAGUUUACGUCGUCAUGAGAAUCAUCAUCUCAAGGAACAAUCUAAUACCAGUAUCACUUUUGCUAAUCUGCCGUCAGUUGAUACAGAAUCAGAUCAGAAAGUCAGAUCUGUUACAACACCGCCCUUGGUUACAUUUGAAUCCACAGUUCUUUGACUCGGGAAGCCAACAUUUUAUCCAUUAGGUAACAGGAGCAAACUUAAAUUGAUGUAGAUUUUAAGUAAAAUUCAAGAUCUGGCAUUUCAAAAUCUAUCACUGUUUUUUCAUAACAAUCUAUUAUUUUAGAUUAUUGUGUAAAAAUUAUUAACCAUAUAUCAUUUAUGGUUGAUACUUAAGGUUUAUAACUCCUAAUACACUUGAAAAUUUUUCUUUAAAUAAUUUAUUAAGAUAGUUCAUUUUUGAUUAUUAGCUGAAAUUUUUAUUAAGAUAAGUCCAUUUGACUUAUCCUCAAAAAGAAUUUUUAAAAGUGUAUAAAUUUAAAAACUAUAGUACAAACUGAGCCAGAUUUAGACUUGAUAAGGCCCUAAGCUGUUUGAGAUAUGAGGCCCUUUAUAAGUCUGUUAUAAUAUAUUUUAAUAGUAUUUAUACUAUAUUUUAAUUUGUUAGGGUUCCCCCAAGAAAAUGGAGGCCCUAACCUAUAGCUUGUGUAGCUUAUACAUAAAUCCGGCCCUGAAUGCAUUAUAUAAUUAAUCAAAUAUUAUUCUGUUUUUUUAUACAUAAUUAUGUUUCUGUAUGUGCAAGCAUAUUUUCAUUGUUUUACUGAACUUUGGACAUUUGUAAUAAAGUAUCUAAAACCGACACGACAAGCACCAAAAAGUUGAAGUUGUGUCAACUCGCGUGGUCUCUGGUCAUCCGGAAAAUGGCCUCUGAGCUCACUUCUAAUUGGUCACCGCUUUCCACCUGAAAGCAUUAUAACGUUGGUGUAAAUUGGCCUUAAUUUGGUUAAAUCCCAGAUUGUUUUUGCCAAUAAAUUUUGAUUAUGGUAAUCAUAAUUAAAUGUAAGAAAGGGAAAUGUAAUAACACUUUUUAAUAGUAAUUAUAAAUAGAUUUAUUUAAGUUUAUUGUUAAAAUAUUUGUAAGAUAAACAGGAAGAUAUAAAAAAUGAAAGCAUUUUUCACAAUUACAUUCAGCAACUGAGCAGGAUCGUGUUUCUUAAAUAUUUAAAAUUCCUAUUAAAAAUAUAAAGUCCUUUUAAUUAAAAAAAAUUAUAUCAAUCUCAAUAAAGAAAGUAAGGUAAGAUUUUCCCAAAACAGGAAAUGCUUACUGAUGCCUAGUGUAUUUGGCAAUAACAAAUUAAGUACUGGUUUUAACUGAAAUGUAUCAAAGUACAAAAGCUUUUUAUAUAAUUAAAAUUUAAAGAAAUAAAUCUAUUAAUGCAGUUUACUUGAUACCUCUGAAGAUUUCUAUUGUGAUGUGUAAAUUUGGUUACAAUUGAUUUCUUUUUUAAAAAUUAAAUGUUUUCAAUAAUUAAGAAUUUAAAAAUCUAAGCUACAAUUUAUGUUUAUAACAUGGUUUUGAAAUAUGAUUUGAUAUAAAUAUUUUUUGCUCUCUAAAGAUAAAUAUAUUCUAAUUUAAUAUGAAGAAUAAAUGAUUCUUGCAUACUUUCCUGUCAACCAUGAAAGCUAGCAGUGCUCAUGCCAAACUUUCACCUAUCAUUCCAAUGAAAGUUUGAAUGAACAGACUGCUCUUUAUUUAUAGUUAGGUAAUCAAUAGAUGUUAGCUACUAAUUAAGCAUGUAAAAUUUAAUUAAAUAUGAACUCAAAUUUAACACCAGUCAUUUUGGUGGAAGUUUGAAAAAUUAAUUAUUUUUAUUUUUCUGAUGCCAGUAUAUUGUAACUUUGAAAGUACUACAGUGCAUAAACGGGUUCAGGAUUUUAAUUUUUUUCAAAAUGCAAGGAAUAAACAGAAUUAGCAGUUAAUUUAUAUCCAUUUUUUAUAUAAAAUUAAACUAAUUUAUUGAAAAUUAAUUGAGCCAGGUGAAGUAUCUUAUGAGGAUACUUUUCUGUUAUCAAGACUAGCUUCAGAAAUAUAUGCCUGCAUAAAUAGGUUUGUGAAUCUGGUCCCAGUAAAGAAAGUAAAGUUAUGAGUGUGUUGUGAUGUCAUACUUAUCUAGUACUGGCAACAGUUUUUUUAUUUGGAUGGAGGCUUCAAAAAUGGGUUGAUAGGAAGGUAUGCAAGACAGAAUAAGCAUUAAUUAAAUUGUAAUUCGAUUAACAGAAUUGAAUGCAUUCAGAGCCAGAUUUAGGCUUGAUAAGGCCCUAAGCUGUUUGAGAUAUGAGGCCCUUUAUAAGUCUGUUAUAAUAUAUUUUAAUACUAUUUCUACUAUAUUUUAAUUUUUUAGGGUUCUCCCAAAAAAGUGGAGGCCCUAACCUAUAGCUUGUGUAGCUUAUACAUAAAUCCGGCCUGAAUGCAUUAUAUAAUUAAUCAAAUAUUAAUCUGUUUUUUUUAUACAUAAUUAUGU